CGGUCUCUCGUCCUCUCCGCGUUCCUUCAAUUGAAAAUGAAUAAGAAGUAGUGUUUCACCGCGCGGCACCGCGUGAAAUAGUGUACACUAGGGCAGUCUGUGUCGCUUCCUGGUUCUGCUGGCCACAAAGUGACAGUCAGUGAGUCGGAAGAAUAGCAGUUCACUCUCGGAAGCAAAGUCAGUAUUCGAUGGCAGAGUGGAGGGAGUGGGCGGGUCCAAGAUGAGUGCUGACACGCUAUUGGAGGAGACACUGAUCAAGCGGUCUCAGCAGAAGAGGUUAACAUCGCCGCUGAACUACAAGGAGAGAGUGUUCGUCCUCACCAAGACCAAGCUCACAUACUAUGAGUUCAGAGCUGAGAAGAAGUUUAAGAAGGGGUCCAUCGACCUGCAGAAAGUCAGGUGUGUGGAGAUCGUGAAGAAUGACGGAGUCAUACCCUGUCAGAACAAAUACCCCUUCCAGGUGGUGUAUGACACAAGCACUCUCUACGUAUUUGCUCCCAGCUAUGAGAGUAGGAGGAUCUGGGUCCAGAACAUUAAGGAAGAGAUAAGGGACAACUCUGUGAUCGUUGCUAAGUUCCAUCCUCAGUUCUGGAUGGAGGGCGUGUGGCUGUGCUGUCGUCAGGCAGAGAAACUGGCCCCGGGCUGUGAGGAGUACAACCUGUUUGGAGACCUUUCGAGAAAACUUCUUCCUCCCAUACCUGGAGAGGAGGUCACAGGAAGGGUAAGAACACUGUCUGUCUAGUUCCUCUGUCUCUGUCUCUCUGUCUCUCUCUCCCCCUCUCUCUCUCUACCAUUUUCUCUUUACACUCUCUCUCUCUGUCUCUGUCUCACUCUCUCUCUCUGUCUCUCUCUGUCUCUGUCUCUCUCUCUCUCGCUCUGUCUCUCUCUCUCUCGCUCUGUCUCUCUCUCUCUCUCGCUCUGUCUCUCUCUCUCUCGCUCUGUCUCUCUCUCUCUCGCUCUGUCUCUCUCUCUCUCGCUCUGUCUCUCUCUCUCUCGCUCUGUCUCUCUCUCUCUCUCGCUCUGUCUCUCUCUCUCUCUCGCUCUGUCUCUCUCUCUCUCUCGCUCUGUCUCUCUCGCUCUCGCUCUCUCUCUCUCUCGCUCUCGCUCUGUCUCUCUCUCUCUCGCUCUGUCUCUCUCUCUCUCGCUCUGUCUCUCUCUCUCUCGCUCUGUCUCUCUCUCUCUCU